GAAGGCAAAUGUUCCCCCAGCUGUUUCCUGUCUACAGUGUCUGUGUUUUGUAGAUAAAUGUGAGGAUUUUCUCUAAAUCCCUCUUCUGUUUGCUAAAUCUCACUGUCACUGCUAAAUUCAGAGCAGAUAGAGCCUGCGCAAUGGAAUAAAGUCCUCAAAAUUGAAAUGUGACAUUGCUCUCAACAUCUCCCAUCUCUCUGGAUUUCUUUUUGCCUCAUUAUUCCUGCUAACCAAUUCAUUUCCAGACUUUGCACUUCAGAAGCAAUGGGAAAAAUCAGCAGUCUUCCAACCCAAUUAUUUAAGUGCUGCUUUUGUGAUUUCUUGAAGGUGAAGAUGCACAUCAUGUCCUCCUCGCAUCUCUUCUACCUGGCCUUGUGCUUGCUCACCUUCACCAGCUCCGCCACGGCUGGACCGGAGACACUCUGCGGGGCUGAGCUGGUGGACGAUCUUCAGUUCGUGUGUGGAGACAGGGGCUUUUAUUUCAACAAGCCCACGGGGUAUGGCUCCAGCAGCCGGAGGGCACCCCAGACAGGCAUUGUGGAUGAGUGCUGCUUCCGGAGCUGUGACCUGAGGAGGCUGGAGAUGUACUGCGCACCCCUCAAGCCUGCCAAGUCGGCCCGCUCCGUCCGUGCCCAGCGCCACACCGACAUGCCCAAGGCUCAGAAGUAUCAGCCCCCAUCUACCAACAAGAAAACGAAGUCUCAGAGGAAAAAGGUGGGCCAAAGAAACACCCAGGAGGGGAACAGAAGGAGGGGACGGAAGCAAGUCAGCAGAUGAAAAGAAAGAAGAAAGAGCAGAGGAGGGAAAAUGGAGAGAAUGGAGCUAGAAACUGAACACAGAGACAAAAAAGGAAAUGCAGGAGAAAUGCAGACAGAGGCAAGGACAAUAAGAGAGACACAGACAGCAAUAAGGAAAAGUGAGAAGUGCCACAUAGGAAAUGAAGAACAGUAGGCCCAGUGGAGCUAGAGAAUGCACAUGAUGAAAGGAAGAGUAACCUGUUAUAGAAUGUGGCUAAUAAAAGUGGAGAAAAUGGAAAAGAAAAAUGUCAUGCUCAAUAAAGUCCAAAGAACGAUGGUGGCGAGAAUGAAAAAAAAGUAAAAAUUAUGAAAGAGGCAAAUAAGCAACAUUUUCCUCCCCCAAAAGUCAAUUAAAUAAAAAUUAAAAUA